UGUACAUGCCAUGAUCAUGUUCCUCCUCCUCUUCCUCCUCCUCCUCCUCCUCCUCAUCUUUCACAUACAUUAGGGUUUCCCUUUGCACGCAACAGCCAUGAAAUAAACGAAAAAAUCAGAGUCCUCCGUGCGGUGCGGUCUUCCAGCCAAUUCACCAACUGGAGUAUUUGUGCACCACCAUGCAAGCGGCGGGCACCGCGGCAGCUGAUGCCGAUGCUACUGUAAACAGUGGCAGCAGCAGCAGCGCCGCAGACAUAAGCGACAGAGACGGGGCAGGGGAGAGGAUGGAGAGGACGGUGCCAAGCGAACAGCAGCAGGACAGGACCAACAACCAGCAGCAGCAUCAACAGACGUCCUCAACCCCGUCUGGAGUGUUGAAUAAACUGUUUGGGAAGCGACUUCUACAGGCCAGGCACUUUAUUAUGUCACGGAAGUCCUGGUUAAAGAUGGUUCCCACAGAGAACUGUGAUAUACUGAUGACAUUCCCAGACACAAUAGAUGACCACACUCUGCUGUGGCUCCUUAAUCAGAUUCGGGUUGGAAUCCCACAAGUCAGCAUCCAGGUUCGACAGCAUAAACACACCCAGGCAAACGCCUUCUUCAUCACAACAACGUUUGAGAACUUACUGCGAGGAGCGGAGCAGAUGGGCAUGCACAAGAACGUUAAACCACAGUUUGGUGGUGGCAUGCGGCGCUUUUCCUGUGAGGAGGACAACAUCUAUGAGAACAUUGAGAGCGAGCUCUGCUUUUUUACCUCUCAGGAGCGCCAGAGCAUCAUUAAGUACUGGCUGGAUAACCUGCGAGCCAAGCAGGGGGAGGUGCUUCACAACAUUCACUUCCUGGAGGGACAGCCAAUCAUUCCAGAGCUGAUAGCUCGGGGGGUGAUCCAGCAAAUGUUUCCUCUUCAUGAGCAGAGGAUACUCAACCAGCUGAUGACAUCUUGGGUCCAGGCUGUAUGUGAGAGGCAGCCCCUUGAUGACAUCUGUGACUACUUUGGGGUGAAGAUUGCCAUGUAUUUUGCUUGGCUAGGUUUCUACACCAACUCCAUGCUUUAUCCUGCUGUCAUUGGCUUUCUCCUCUGGAUGCUAGCAGAGGCUGACCAGACCAGUCAGGAUAUCUGCUGUGUGGUUUUUGCCCUCUUCAACGUUGUGUGGGCAACUUUGUUUCUGGAGCGCUGGAAGAGGCGAGAGGCAGAGCUGGCUUACAGGUGGGGCACUCUGGAUACCCCCACAGAGUCCUUAGAGGAGCCCAGACCUCAGUUCAGGGGAGUGAAGCGUUGCAGUCCUAUAACUGGCUGUGAGGAGUUCUACUACCCACCCUGGAAGAGAGCUCUGUUCAGAUGGCUGGUCAGCCUGCCCAUCUGCCUCCUCUGUCUCUGCUUCGUCUUCCUUGCUAUGCUCCUCUGCCUAGAACUGCAGGAAGUGGUGAUGGAGAUUCAGGAGCUGCCUAGUAUUACAAGAUUCAUUCCGAAGAUACUUCUUGCCAUGACAGUAACUGUAUGUGAUGAAGUGUAUAAGAAGAUCGCCUACUGGCUCAAUGACAUGGAAAACUACAGACUCCAGAGUGCCUAUGAGAAUAAUCUUAUCAUCAAGAUGGUUUUUUUUGAAUUCAUCAAUUCUUACCUUAGCCUUUUCUACAUUGGAUUCUACCUCAAGGACAUGGAGAGACUAAAGGAGAUGCUAGCUACUCUACUGAUUUUCCGCCAGUUCUUACAGAACAUCAAAGAGGUCCUUCAGCCUUACCUGUAUGAGCAAAACAAGCUCGGUGUGUUCACCCCAAAGGUGCUGUGGGAGCUUCUCCAAGCCAUCGUGCUCAAAUAUGGCCGCCUGGCUCUGGGAAAGGCUCAAGCUUCAAUGACAUCCUAUUCCUUUCUGAGUCCCAGAGGAAUUCCUGUCAGUCACAGUGCAAACGGUAACCCAGAGCCAAAGAGAAGAGGAGAUCUGAAAGCAGGAUUCAGACUGACAGAGGAAGAGUGGGACAUGACCGACAGUGCCAUGAAGCAACGUAAAGUCAGCUUCACCGAGAAGGUCGACUACCAGGAUGUCACAAUGGACACGCAGGCAGCGGAUGACAGCUCCCUAGAGGACAGUCCCACGCUGGUGGAGGAGGGCAUGGAUCCUUCCAGUAUUUUUGAUAGCUGCGAUGAGGACAGUGAUUGUGAAGUGCUGCCUCAACAGGACACCAAAGACAAUACCGCCUCUGUCUGUCAGAGAAGAAGGAAUGUGGGGGAGGGCAAUGAUGACAAGAAAUCAUGGAUCGAUCCACCGGAAGAGCCAAAAACUGUCACUCUGACCCAGGCCGAGAUUGAGAGUUGUAUGCAGACAUACGAGGACACACUUCAGGACUACCAGGAGAUGUUCAUUCAGUUUGGCUAUGUGGUGCUUUUCUCUUCUGCGUUUCCGCUGGCGGCCAUGUGCGCCCUUAUCAACAACAUCAUCGAAAUACGCAGCGAUGCCCUGAAGCUCUGUACCGGCCUGCAGAGACCGUUUGGGCAGAGGGUGGAGAACAUAGGACAAUGGCAGACUGCGAUGGAGGCCAUGGGCUUGAUAGCCAUUAUAGUUAACUGCUACCUUAUUGGUCAGUGCGGGCAGCUUCAGCGUCUGUUCCCCUGGCUUAGUCCUGAAAUGACCAUCAUCUCCAUCGUCUUAUUGGAGCACUUUGCAAUCCUCCUAAAGUACGUCAUCCAUGUUGCCAUCCCUGAUAUCCCUGGCUGGGUAGCAGAAGAGAUGGCCAAGCUAGAGUACCGACGAAGGGAAGCUUUCAAGAAGCAUGAGCUGCAGGCCCAACAACACUUCCAGCAGCAGCUCAGGCGCCGGCGUGAAGAAGAAGAGCUUCAGCGUCAUGCUGAGCUGCAGGCCGAAGCCCGUCAGGAGAGUGACUGCCAUAAGGCAGACACCCAGCACCAGCAUCACCAUGACAAAACACAAGUAGGCAAGCCAGGGGACAAGCCCAAGAGACCAAGCUCUCUGCUGGGAAACAACAAUGUGAUGAAGCUUAAGCAGAUCAUUCCUCUUCAGGGGAAGUUCUCCUCCGGCACGUCACGCUCACCGGCUCAGUCCCCAACGGGAGGCGAAGCAAAGCUCCCGGGAUUUCUGAAGUUCUUGAAGUCACCCGAGGUGAAAAAAGAGCCAGCAGUGGCAGUUGGAGCCACGCAGGGGUCAACAGUGACCUCUUCAGUUCCCCCUAGUGGCCAGGAGAGGUCACAAUCCCCCAACCGGACAUUCAGUCCUGGGAAGCUGUUCAGCUUCAGCAAGUCAGAGGGUACUGUGGUGUGCGCAAAUGGGACACAGCUGACCACGCAGGCUGCUAACACUCAACCCAGUAGGGUCGAGUUAAACACAUCCUCAGAGGAAUUACCCUCGAAUGAGUCAGAUAAAGUUGAAUCGAAACAACUGACUGAUUUAGAAAGCUCCAACUCAAAGACUUAAUAAAUGAUCAGCCAAACCAGUGUAUUAUUAUAAAGUGGAGAGCAGCAUACAAGUGACAUUGAUGCACCUGCACUGCAGAACAUUAGUCAUGAGGACCACAUGUAAAGUCAGCGAAGAUUAGACUUUCACACUUCAUGCAACUUACUUCUCACAAAACAUUAAACUGUAUCUAUUAACACUCGACUAUCUAACUUCCAUGUAAAAAUGUACAGUAAGCAUAACUCCUUGAAUGGAGCUUGAGUAACCUUUAAUGAAGGUUCAAUUACUGCAUGAGUGGUUUUCAACAGCACCAAAACACACUGUAUUGAUGUGAAGGAUAGUUCCCCCCCCCUCAAUUUCCAGGACUUUAUCACCAAUGAGCCCUUUUGUCAGAGGUCACGAGCAGCAACUUCCAAUUCUGCGUUUAUUUCUCCUUCAUUUUGAUGCCUGUAUAAAAUGCAUGUUGCAUUAUGUGCAUGCAUUACUUCUCCAUCAUGUCUUUUUAGUUGUGAAGCACUUUCAAAGCCAUUGUAUUCCUCCGCAAUAGGUCAGAUUUAUUCACUGUGACCAUAAAAAAAAAUUCUAUUUUUCUUAACUUUGAUUUUCUAUGAAUUAUUUUACUACAUAAAUUAGUGAAUGUACUUCCUUGAUGCAAAUAAAUCUCACUUUAAUAAACGCCCAUCGAGAAAUAAAACACUCACUGUAUGACUGACCGCGCUGCUGGAUCAAUUUCUUUGCUGGAUGUAGGGCUUGAAUUAAAAACGCUCAUAUACAUUCAGAGGCCAGUUUAUUAGGUAUAGCUGUUCAACUGCUUGUUUAGCCAUGCAGACAUAGUCCAGAUGAACUGCUGGAGUUCAAACUGAGCAUCAGAAUGGGAAAGGAAGGAACACAUGGUUGUUGGUGCUAGAGAGGUUGGUCUUAGAGUAUUUUGGAAACUGAGCUGAUAGGUAGGCAAUAGUAACUCAAAUUAUCAGGAUCUCUGAAUGCACAACAUAUCAACCUUGAAGCAGAUGGGCUACACAGCAGAAGACCAAAGCGGGUGUGAUUGUUGUCAAGAAAAGAACAGGAAAGUGAGGCUACAAUUUGCAAAGGUUAACCAAAACCGGACAAUAGAAAAUUUGAGCAAUUUCCAUUUUGCAAUAAUUGUGUGAUUCUAUCAUGUCAAUAUGGACCAAAAC